AUGGCCAUGGUGGAGAGGAGGUAUGCUCCCUGUGCCAGCCAUGGCUUCUUCCUCCUACGGCUGCUGCUGCCGUUCUUGUUGUUCUUCUCCUUUAUUGAUGUGCCACCGGCCGCCGCCGCCACCACCACCACCACGCAAUCGCCUCCACUGACCGACACGCAAAAGUCCAUCAUGAAUGAUAUUGCGAGUCUGGUGAACUCUGAAUCCGCUUCCGCCAACACCAGCUGGAACGCUGCAGACAAUCCAUGCAACUGGACAGGAAUCAGUUGCAGAAAUUUCAGUUCUUUCUCGGCCGUCACUAGCAUCAGCUUGCCAAACUAUGGCCUAUCCGACUCCUCCAUCUUUGCCCACCUUUGCCGGCUUGACACCUUGCAGUCCCUUGACCUCUCCCGAAAUUCCUUCACAAAUUUGUCCGUCCAGUUCUUCGCCAAUUCUUCUUGCUCCAUGAAAAAAGGGUUGCAGUCACUUAAUCUGAGCACCAAUCAGUUGGCUAAUUCGCUCAGUGAUUUAUCCCACUUCCCCCAGCUAGAAGUUCUUGAUUUGUCCUUCAAUUCCUUUGCCAGUAGAAAUCUCAGUGCAGACUUGGGUUAUUUUCACAAAUUAAAGAGCUUCAAGGCUAGUACCAAUAAGUUGAGUGGUGAUGUUCCUACCAGUAUGGUCGGCUCUUUGCUGGAGUUGGUAUUGUCUGGUAAUCAACUGAGUGGUUCAAUCCCUCUGGGUUUGUUUAGAUAUGAAAAUCUUACUCUGCUAGAUCUCAGCCAGAAUCAUCUAACUGGUCCUGUCCCAGAUAAGUUCAUGAGUCUCCCCAAGCUCGAGACUUUGCUUCUUUCAGGCAAUAAACUGAUCGGGGAAAUACCAGCGAGCCUCUCAAAUGUGACAACGCUGUCUAGGUUUGCAGCCAACCAGAACAAUUUGACUGGUCCGAUAGCCAGCUGGAUUACCAAGCACGUAAGGAUGUUGGAUCUGAGUUACAACAAUCUGAGUGGGACGAUCCCCUCAGAUUUCCUCUUGCAUCAGGGGUUGCAGAGUGUUGAUCUUACUGGCAACAUGCUUAGUGGAGCUAUUCCUGGCACCUUGUCUCAAAGCCUCUACCGCUUGAGGCUUGGUGGAAACCAGCUUGGUGAGAACAUCCCAGUGUCAGUUUGUGAUACCUUGAGCAUGACUUCUCUUGAGUUGGAUGGUAAUCAGUUAAUAGGAAAUAUACCUCCAGAGCUUGGCGGAUGCAAGAGCUUAUCGUUGUUGAAUCUGGCAUCAAAUAAUUUGAAUGGUUCAGUGCCUGAUUCCAUAGGGAAGCUUGACAAACUGGUAGUGCUGAAGCUUCAAAAAAACAACCUCAGUGGUCCAAUUCCAAGUACAUUUUCUGAUUUGAAAAUCCUGAGCACAUUGAAUCUUAGUCAGAAUUCACUCAGUGGAGAGAUACCGAGUGGAAUUUUCGAGAUACCAAAGCUUUCGAACUUGUAUUUGCAGGGUAACAAUAUCAGCGGACCUAUUCCGAUCUCAAUCAGUUCAUCGAAGUAUCUAAUCGAGCUCAAUCUGGGUGAUAAUGCUCUGACUGGUAUCAUCCCAACCAUGCCAACAACUGUGACUACAUCUCUUCUUAAUCUUAGUCAUAACCAUCUUAACGGGCACAUUCCUUCAAACAUCAACUCUUUAAGUGAAUUGGAGAUUCUUGAUCUUUCACACAACUACCUGUCUGGUGAUGUGCCAUCUUCAUUAGGGAGCCUGCAAAGCCUGACACUGCUGGAGCUUUCUUAUAAUAAUCUGUCUGGGCCUGUUCCUAGAUUCCGCCCAAAUCAAAAUUUGGAUAUUGAUGUUGUCGGAAAUCCUGGUCUUGUAAAUGGUACAGAAAACAAUAAUGGCACUCCUACUACUGAUAAGAAAAAAAGGCACUAUUUCAUCAUCAUCAUCUUCACUAUUGCCGGUGCUCUUGUUGGAUUAUGUGUGCUUGCUGUUAUUAUUGUGAUGUCAUUGUCAAAGAGAGUGUAUCGUGUUGAAGAUGAAGGAUUACCAGCUGGAGAAUCGGUACCGCAAAUAAUCAGUGGCCGUCUCAUAACUAUGAACAGCAUCCACACCUCUGCAGUUGACUUCAUGAAAGCAAUGGAAGCAGUCGCCAACCACCAGAAUAUCUUUUUGAAGACCAGGUUCUGCACCUACUACAAGGCUGUAAUGCCUAACGGCUCAACAUACUCUGUAAAAAAGCUUAACUCUAGUGACAAGAUUUUCCAAAUUGGGAGCCAGGAGAAGUUUUCUCGUGAAAUUGAGGUUCUAGGGAAAUUGGCCAAUUCCAAUGUCAUGGUUCCAUUGGCCUACAUCUUGAGUACAGAUUGUGCCUACCUAAUCUAUGAGCAUGCACACAAUGGCACAGUGUCUGAUUUGCUACAUGGUGGAAAAUCAGAAGUUAUAGACUGGCCUUCACGAUAUAGCAUUGCUUUGGGGGUGGCCCAAGGGCUGACAUUUCUUCAUGGGUGCACUCAGCCAGUUUUGCUUCUUGAUUUGUCAACAAGGACCAUCCACUUGAAGUCAACAAAUGAGCCUCAGAUUGGAGAUAUCGAGCUUUACAAGAUUAUUGACCCUUCCAGGAGUACUGGAAGCUUUUCAAUCAUUGCUGGUACAGUUGGUUAUAUUCCACCAGAGUAUGCUUACACUAUGAGGCUGACGAUGGCUGGCAAUGUCUAUAGCUUUGGAGUCAUUUUACUUGAGCUGCUGACAGGAAAACCAUCGGUCAGUGAUGGCACUGAGUUAGCCAAGUGGGCGCUAAGUCUUUCAGGCAGGCCUGAUCAAAGGGAGCAAAUCCUUGAUACCAGGGUCUCAGGAACCUCAAUUGCUGUUCAUAGCCAGAUGCUGUCGGUCCUGAACAUUGCUCUCUCUUGUGUUGCAUUCUCUCCAGAUGCUCGGCCAAAGAUGCGCAACGUCUUAAGGAUGCUCUUCAAUGCAAAGUGA